AUGGAAAAAAUUAGUGUGUGUUUAAGAGUAAGACCACUCAAUCAAAAAGAAAUUAAUGACAAUGAAAUAAUAGCUUGGGAUGGAAGUGACUCAAAAAUUUAACUUAAUAAGAUUUGUUUGAAGGACUUAAUUGCUUAAAAAAAAGUAGUCAAUAGUUUGAUUUACGAAUUCAAUCAUUGUUACGGACAACAAACUGACAAUUAUUACUUGUUUUCAACAUCAGUCAAACAAGUAAUUAUGCAAUCUUUAGAUGGAAUCAAUGGGACUGUCAUUAUGUAUGGAUAGACAGGGUCAGGCAAAACAUUUACGAUGUUGGGGAAGAGGAAUCAGGAGAUGUUACAAAACAACAAUAGCAACAUUUAGUAAUUGAUCAAGGAGAGUUUUGCAAAUAAUCAAUAUAACGAUGUUGGAAUUUUGAUAUACUCGAUGAUGGAACUAUUUAAACAGAUUAAUAUAGUAAAAGCUACUUCAAUAUCACUAGGAUGAAAAGAGAUAGUUCGAAAUUAAAUGUAGUUAUUAUGAAAUCUACAAUGAGUUUAUUUAUGAUCUCUUACGUGAAGAAAAUGAGUUAUCCGAACCUCUCAUUUUUGGAACUGAUUAUCGAAAGGUAUACAUGGAAAUAUUUACUUAAGGAAUUUGUAAUCAAGAAUAUCAAAGAAUACAAUGUUACCUCCAUUGAAGAUGUGAUAACAUGCAUUUCAAAGGGAGAAAAAAAUAGACAUUACGCAGAAACCAUAUUGAAUCAUCAAAGUAGCAGAAGCCACACAAUCUUCAAAGUGCUCAUAAGUGCUUAUUCAAAUGAAUCGGAAGAAGAAGAGAACUUUACUUUUUCGACUGAAGCAUGCAUCAAUUUCAUUGAUUUGGCUGGAAGUGAAAAAAUAUCAUCCAGUCCCAUUUCAGAUGAUGUUACUAGAAAUUCUAAUAGAAAAGACAGAAACAAAGAAAGCUCAGCAAUCAACAAGAGCUUAUUCUUUUUAACAAGAGUCAUUGCAUUAAAAACUUAGAAGGUUCCACCUCAGCACAUUCCCUAUCGCAACUCAACGUUAACCAAAUUAUUAAAGUAAUUUAUUUAUUGUUAUAAUAUUCUAUAGAUCUUCACUCACAGGAAACUUCAAAACCUUAAUCAUAUUGAGUAUCAAUCCAGGAUUGAGCCAGUAUGAUCAAACACAAUCCACUCUAAGAUUUGGCACGAGUGCUAAAUUGGUUGAGUCUAAAAUUGAAUAGAAUGUCAAUUUCGAUGCUUCCUAUUCCAACAAUCAAUAAAAAUUGAAUUAGUUAAUCUAAAAAAAUAAAUAAAAUGAAAAGAUCAUUUCAGAUUAAUAAAAGAUUAUUGACUCAUUAAAAUAACAACUACAAGCAUCAAAUUAUUCAGAAAUCUUAACAAAUCUCAAAUAAUCAGAAGUUUAAUUAGCUUCAAAGCCGUCAGUAAGCUAAUUCAAUGAAACUGAUGUCUCACUUCUAGAGAAAACUUAAGAAUUAAAUUCUCAAUUAUAACAAGAGAUGGAUAAGAACAUACUAUUAGAGAAGAAUUGCACAGAACUUCAUAAGAGAUUAUAGAAAUCUAAUGAGCAAAUUCUUACAUAUUUUAAUUCUCAUAAAGAAAUGGAAUAGUAAAUAAAAGAAUUAAGACUUCAGAAUGAGAAAUACGAAAAAUUAUCAUAAAACGCUCUCAAUAGACUGUCAUGUUAUGAAGGAUAGCCAAAUUUCAAGAAAUUUAGUUUAGAGGAGCUCCAAAAUUUAGAACAUCAAAUAUAAUAAUGUUUAUAAGAAAUAAAAGUAAUUUAAACAAUUUUAUUUAUAUUUAGAUAGAAAAAUAAAGAAGAAAUUCAUUUUAGUAGUUAAAUAUCGAUGCUAUGCCCUUGUUUACUUAACCAACAGAAACUUUGAGAUCUGAUAGAAGCAGUGCUAGUUAAGAUUUUCGUAGAAUAGAGGAGUAAUAAAUAUCUAAAAAUUAGAGAAGACUCUGUGACUAAAAGCUAAAAGAAAACUCCCAAGAAAGACGGAAAAUUAUUGCAACCUAAAAAACAACAACAAAGUUAUUUUAAGGCUACGUCUACUAGGUUGUCGACUCUUUCAAAUAAUGAAAAUAAAUCUCCUUUACUUAAAAAACCAAAUAAUAGGGAUGCACAGAAUUUUACCAAAAAAAUUCAAGGUUAGAAAAGUAUUUUUCAAUAUUAUUUAGUUUAAAAAACUACUUAAAUUCAAAGUGAAUACAGAAGCAAAUCUAAUGAGAGUCACUCAAAGCAGAAGGGAGCUUAAUAACCUUAGCAGGAGUAGAGUAAAUUAAAAAAUGACAUAUAAUCAUUGGCAGAUAGAUUAUAUUCAUUAUCUGAGAAGUUUUAGUUGAACAGAGAUACGAAAGUGAAUUAAAACAGAAAAAGCACUAAUGUGAAUAGGCCUGAGAUCAUUUAUGAGACUGAAUCGGAACUAUUGGGAGACAGUAGAUCAACUAUCCAUAAAAGCAAUCGGUCAGCUGUAAAAUGA